UCUGCCAUCUACCGCCACCAUAAGUUUAUAGUGGUGGGCUCUCGUAAUAAAACCGACUCCCCUAUCUUCUUGUUCGUGGGGGCUCCAGGUGGUUUCCAUGGUUGUAACGGGAUAGAACGCUUCGCGGAAACUUCAGUUGAUUCCCGUUCUCCUCCCCCAUCCUCUGUAACGGCCGUUAGAUCCGUGACACCCCGCGACAGUUCUGUCACGUUGCACGACAGCCGCGGUCACGUUAGGAAUCAUGAGAUGCAGGCAUGCAGCCUCUUCCUCUCUAUACUCCGCCCCACUCGCACCCACUCUGGUGUUUCUCUUUCCCUCUUGAUUCUCUGGCCACGAACCCAACACUCGCCUGAUGCUUAUUCUCCAACACCACCCCAUCCCGUCGCCUUUUAUCCGCUCGCCCUCCCCUCUCCCGCCGGAAGAUGGUACCACGAGAACAUCAAAAAUAGAGCAAGGGAUAGAGAUGAAGCCGUACCUGACUCCAUUCCUCUUCGUCCUCUUCUCUUCUCUCCCUCUCUUCUUCGCUUCCAGUGAUGGCGACUUCGAUGCUCUGCUGAAGCUCAAACAUGGGCUGAUAGGCCCCGCCGGCAAUGGCCUCCACGAUUGGGACCCCUCCGCCUCGACCCAUUGCUCCUUCUCCGGCAUCACAUGCGACGCGGAUGACCGCGUCGUCGCCCUCAACAUCUCUAAUGUCCGAUUCCACCGCGCUCUGCCGCCGGAGGUCGGCCGCCUCGACCGGCUCGUCAACCUCACCAUCGCCUGCGACUCCAUCGCCGGCCGCCUCCCGGCGGAGAUAGUCGGCCUCCCCGCGCUCCGCCUUCUCAACAUCUCCAACAAUAACUUCACCGGCUUGUUCCCGGACGUCGACGGCGGGUUCCCCGCACUGGAGGUCCUCGACGCCUAUAACAACAACUUCUCCGGCCCGCUCCCACGCUGCCUUGCCAAGCUCCCGGGCCUUCGCUACCUCCACCUCGGUGGGAACUUCUUCUCCGGAGAGAUCCCGGAGUCCUACGGUAGUAUCGAGAGCCUCGAGUACCUGGGCCUCAACGGGGACGCCCUCUCUGGCCGCGUCCCGGUGAGCUUGAGUCGUCUCACGAAUCUACGGGAGAUGUACAUCGGCUACUACAGCAUGUACGAGGGCGGCAUUCCUCCGGAGUUCGGGAUGCUGACCUCUCUGGUCCGGCUCGACAUGGCUAACUGCAACCUCUCCGGCCCGAUUCCGGCGAGCCUCGGACGGUUGAAGCUCCUUGACUCGCUCUUCUUGCAGUGGAAUCGCCUCGCCGGCACGAUUCCACCCGAGCUCGGCGGGCUCGACCGGCUCCAGUCUCUCGAUCUCUCGAUAAACGAGCUCACCGGAGAGUUGCCGGAGAGCUUCGCGGGGUUGAAGCAGCUCAAGCUCCUCAAUAUCUUCCGCAACCACCUCCGCGGCCGCAUCCCGCCCUUCAUUGCCGAUCUCCCGAAUCUUGAGGUGCUCCAGGUCUGGGAGAAUAACUUUACCUUCGAACUCCCAGAAGGGCUCGGCCGGAAUGGCCGGCUCAUGAAGCUGGACGUGGCCACGAAUCGCCUUACAGGGACGAUCCCUCCCGACCUCUGCGCCGGCGGGCGGCUCGAGCUGCUCGUUUUGAUGGAGAAUGCGUUCUUCGGACCGAUUCCGGAGAAACUCGGCGAUUGCAAGUCGCUGGUCCGCGUCCGGCUCGCCAAGAACUUCUUGAACGGGGCGAUCCCCGCCGGGCUCUUCGACCUCCCCUCCGCCGACAUGCUCGAGCUCAGCGACAACUACCUCUCUGGCGAGCUUCCGGCGAGGAUGGCCGGGGACAAGCUCGGCAUGCUGAUCCUCUCCAACAACUGGAUCUCCGGCCCGAUCCCGCCGGCGAUCGGGAACCUUCGCGGGCUCCAGACCUUAUCUCUGGAGUCAAACUGGAUCGCCGGCGAGAUCCCGCCCCAGAUCGGCGAUCUGAAGCAGCUCUCCAAGCUUAACCUGAGCGGCAACAACUUGAUCGGAGAAAUCCCUCCGGAUCUCGCCCGGUGCACCGGGACGCUCGAGGCCGUCGAUCUCAGCCGCAACGGUCUGACCGGCGAGAUCCCGGCGGCGAUCACCGAGCUCCAGAACCUCAACACACUAAACUUAUCCCGAAACCAUCUCUCCGGCGAGAUCCCGUCGGAGAUCCAGCGGAUGCUGAGCCUGACCACCCUCGAUCUCUCCUACAACAACCUCUCGGGCGAGAUUCCGGUCCAGGGGCAGUUCUUGGUGUUCAACGAGACCUCGUUCAUCGGCAACCCGGAUCUCUGCGGUGGCCCGCUGCACGUGCCGAUCCCGUGCGGCUUGUCCCGGGGCCAUCCUCGGGGUGGGUCCGGGGCGGGGCGGGGCCGAGGAUGGGAUUGGAAGCGGUUCUUUGCGUGCGUCGUGGUGCCGGUGGGGGUUAUAAUUCUGGUGGGCCUGGCGACGCUCAAGGUGUGGAAGGCGAGGGGAGGAAAAGGCCGGUCCGGCGCCUGGAGGAUGACGGCGUUCCAGCGGCUCAACUUCACGGUUGAGGACGUCAUGGAGUGCUUGAAAGAGGACAACGUCAUCGGCAAAGGCAGCGCCGGGAUCGUUUACCGUGGGCGCAUGGCGAGCGGCACCGAGGUGGCGAUCAAGCGGCUGGUUGGGCGUGGCGUCGGGGAGCACGACCGGGGAUUCACGGCGGAGAUAACAACUUUAGGCCGAAUCCGGCAUCGAAAUAUCGUCCGGCUGCUGGGGUUCGUGUCGAACAGGGAGACCAAUUUACUGCUGUACGUGUACAUGCCGAAUGGGAGCUUGGGAGAGAUGCUGCAUGGAGGCAAAGGGGCGCAUCUGGGGUGGGAGGCGCGUUGCCGGAUCGCGGUGGAGGCGGCGAGAGGGCUGUGCUACCUCCACCACGACUGCUCGCCGCUCAUCAUCCACCGGGACGUGAAGUCAAAUAAUAUAUUGCUCGACUCCAACUUUGAGGCGCACGUCGCCGACUUCGGCCUCGCCAAGUUUCUUCAGGACCCUGGCGCGUCCGAGUGCAUGUCCUCUAUUGCCGGGUCCUACGGCUACAUCGCGCCAGAGUAUGCAUACACUCUUCGAGUGGAUGAGAAAAGUGAUGUCUACAGCUUUGGUGUUGUGCUCCUGGAGCUGAUCACUGGACGUCGACCCGUCAGCCCUGCUGCAUUCGGGGAAGGCGUCGACAUCGUGCACUGGGUUCGGAAGACAAUAUCAGAGGUCACAGACAAGUCUGAUGCUGCAGCGGUGCUUUCUGUGGUGGAUCGCAGGCUCUCGCCAUGUCCUCUAGAUUCAAUCAUCGAUCUGUUCAAGGUGGCGAUGCUGUGCGUGGAGGAGGAAAGCGUGGCACGCCCAACCAUGAGGGAGGUGGUCCACAGGCUCUCCAAUCCAACAGCCUCGACAGCAAUCGAUCUUCUUGCUGUCUGAAAAAUAUUGUCUGAAAAACCAAUUGCCUAAUUACUGCUAUGAGGCGUUUUGUGGGCUGUACAUAGUCUCGUUUUCAGAUUGCUUCCUGUAUGCCAGUGUGUUCUUCUAAAGAGUCUGCCCACUCCACCCAGCUGAAAACUGUCACCUGAUUGUUGUGAAAAUUGCAGUGUGGAAUAAUGAUGUUGUGAUAUUUAAUGAAUGUACACUAUCUGUGAUUGGAGGA